UUCUUUAUAUUUAGAUGGUAAAAUUACCAUACGUGUUUAUAUGUCUAUAGUUUUACGAUACAAAUGUCUCUAGCAAGAGCCAGAGCGUCUGGUCCGCUUGGAACGCUACAAAAACAAGCAGACCAACUAAAAUCUAAGAUAGACGAAGUAACAGCCAUCACAAAGAAAUGGAGUUUCAAAAAUGCAGAAGAGCCCCAAGUCAUAACAUGCCAUGAAAAUUGCAUUCAAUACAAAAUAGAAGCCUCAACUCUCUUGCUUCAAGCUAACAACCUUCAAAAACAUGAAGAACCUGAGGCUGUUUCAAAUUUUGAACAAAAGAAAAUGGAUGAAGUGAAAAGGUUACAGAACUUUCAGAUGCGUCUAGACAAAAUAAUGGAAACGAUGGAAGAACUUGAAAAUGGAGACAAUUUGAGAGCAACACGAGAAAAAGAAAUCAAAGAAAUCAAGAAAGAUGAAGCACAAGAAGAUAAUGGUGAUGACAAUGAAGAGGAAGAUCUAAGUGAAGAGGAAUAUGAAGAUGAAGAAGACACUGAAACGGAAGACCUUUAUGAAGUUUUGUGCGACUUCCAAGGAGUACAAGAUGAUGAUUUGAGCAUUAAAGUUGGAGAUAUUGUUGAUAUUCUGUCUAAAAGGGAUGAUGGAUGGUGGGAAGCGGAAAACGAGGAGGGCAAAGUCGGGAUGGUUCCGUCAACUUUCCUCAAGAAAUAUGAGGAGGAAGAGGAGAAAGAAGUGGAAGUGAGCGCUCCUGUCUCCGAGGUUGCAUCACCGGAGGGUAUCAUUCAAGAUCCGGUAAUUGAAGAAUCAUCGGAAGUUAAUACUCCAAGAACUGAAUUUUGGCUUGAGUCUAACAUAUGGGCAAGUGAGGAAAGUGGUAAACAACUAUGGAAAGGAAUUAAAGACCAAGUGACUGAGCCUCAAAAGAUGGAUGUUACGGAUGUUCUAUCAGCCAUGGGAGCUUUGCCUGCAGGGUUUCGUCCCUCUAUGAUGUACAACCUGCUUAUAAAGAGUGAGGAUUAUUCACUACGGAAGGCAAUGCUACCAACACUGUCUGAAUCCCAACUUGGCUUUGAAAACUUGCACUGGGACCCUGCAACAGAUCAGUUGCGUAAAUUGGUGACACAUGUGUUACGAUCGUGUAGACUUUGGAAAUGUAAGAUGAUACCCCUCCCCAGUGCAGGGGUGGAAGUUCUAAGUAGACAUGUGAGGAUUGCAUUGUUUGAUGGAACCAAUAUCCUGAGUAACAUACGCACAGUGCGAGCGCAAGCGGAUGAGACAAAACCAAAAAUGUGGAAUUUCCCAACAACCAAGACUGGUGCCAUCCUACCAAGUUUAUUAGAUGGCCACAGCAUUGUGAGAAGCAACAACAAGCACUCAAACAUUGGCAUCUUAUUUGAGCUUGGUAUCACCUAUAUUAGAACACCGCCAAAGCGUUUGGUUCGUUUUAGCGACGGUCUGUUGUGCGAAUACAGUGAUUCAGAAAACGAGGAACAACCAGAAAGUGCACGGGACAAACUGAGGCAAACAGGUGAAAGAGGGGAAAUGUCAUGCGGGUGGGUUCAUCUCAAACUAUUCGAUGAACAAGGAAAUGCUAUACCUAAUAAGGCAUAUGAGCUUAAUUUAAAUGGAGGAACACCUUUUGAACAAGGAGUUGAAGUUGAUCCAUCUAUUAAGAAAAGAGCUCCAUCCAGCAGACUCCGUUUACUGCUAGCAGCGAACAAACAACCAAAACUGAUGGUUCAGAUUGGAACACCUUCUAAUGCAAAGAGAAAGUAUAUGGAACUCCUUCCUUCAAACAUCAUCCUACCUUCCACAUUUUGUGAAAUUGUUUCGUAUUUUCGUCGAGUGCUGGUAGAUGCAUUGGUUAGAAACCGAAUUUCAACAACGGAUGCUGAUCUUGUUGAUUCACCUGUUAUUGCUACAUUCAUUGAAGCAGCUGGUUCCUCUGAUAUUAUGGAUGCUAUCAGGAAUCUUUGGAGUGAAAAAGCAAAAGAAUUCACAAGAGCGGAUAAGAGAGACAAAGACAGUCUGAAAGACGUCUUCAAAUCUACUGUAAUGGAAACUGCAUACCCUCUACUACAUUCUAACCAACUCACUAAACCAAAGUGGGCGGACUACCAAGUAGAAUCGCAAAGAUGGCAGUACAUCAACCAAACUACUCAAGCGACCAAAGCACCAAACGGAGCUCUUAACUUCUUCUUAUCAACAUCUGAUAAUGUUGAACCAUUCGACAAUAUAUCAGAACUUACUUAUGAUAUAAGUGACCAUGCACAGUUAAUUUUGUAGAUUUUUCAUUAUCAAGUUUUUUUUUAUGCUUUCGUCCAACUUUUGUAGCAGUAUUGAAUGAAUGAAUAUUAACGAACUUUUUUAUACAUAAACAAAAACAUAC